CAAGUGUAAAUUAGGAAUUAUAUUUAUCCCGAACAUGAAUGAUUUCUUUUAUUUGUAAAAGUGUUCUCCUCAUUUAGAUUUCUCAUUUUUACUUGACCUUUCCGUUGGCACGACAGUUUAACCUUGACCUCUUUUCGAAUUACUGCCAUUUUCAACUUAUUUUGCGAACUCUUGUCAACAAUGACCAACUGCUAAACCGCUUCCUGGCUUCCAUCACUCAAACUAGUGGAAUAACAUUUGGUGCUUUUUAUUGGUCAAUGCUUGCGGAGAUGUGACGUGAUUGCUAACCAUUUCAGUGCUGGCCAAUAUGAAUCUACUCCAAGGACUCCAACGACUUUGUGACAAUUUUCUCGAAAUUCCCCAUGGCACCCGCGGUUACCAUAACAACCACCAGAACGCUAAUUUACCCCUGUGUUGCUCGCCUAGAAACAGCGUCAAAACAAGAAAGGCAAAUAAAAGCGAUAAAUUGCACAAAUAAUGGGACGCUUGCGAACCCACCACUUAGGCUAUAAUUGCCACACGGACGGGACAAAGAGUCCUGCGCAUGUUCUAACAGUUAUUUGGUUCUCCAUGAUUUGUGAUCAAUUCAUUCAUCUUGGCUCAUUUCGGGAUGGCUGAGCUUAUCCUUUGCUUGUUCGUUGUUUUUCUCUCUUGCGGUACAAGCGCUGAUAAAUUCAAGAUCACCAUCGCGUCAUCAUGGGGUACACCUGUCGAUCUCAAAUGCGAGAUGCUCGACAAGCCGCACAUACAGGUCAGCGGUAUUACUCUAUCAAAGCACGGCAAGACCAUAGCUGCCAACAAGCGCUAUCCUGGAAUCGAGGCUAAGGCUCAAAGGGAGUGUGAGAGUACAAUACGAGCACCUAAGGGGACGCAUCCUGCGGGAUGCCAGAUUGCACUUGCGGGAUCUGCUAUCCCGGAUGAUGAGAUGGUCGUGGUGGUCUUCUGGUGUUUUUCAGGGACUCACAAGUACAGAGAGGAUCUCACAGUUACUUCAUCGUCUGGUGACGUCAGACCCUCGUGUGGCCAUGGUGACACCAUCAACAUCAAGGACAUCACCCUGAACAACGAGAGGGCGUCUAGCUACGACACCCUGGUGCGAUCAUGUCAAGAUCAGGUUUUCAGGAGCUACCUACCUUCCCCCUCAGGGGGAAAAAUGCCCGCGGCGUGUACGAUCCCAAGAAAUGGCGGGAAGGGAGAGUUGAAGGUCAUCUAUAGAUGCGAGAUGUCUUUGGAUGCAGAUAAGAUUCACGUGUUAGCGGAGAAAAUGGUCAAGCACGGAUAGUUUACUUACAAUACCAUAGAUCUUUUGGUUUACAGUGUUUACUUGCUUUAGAUGCCAUGGCACACGGGAUAUAGGACAAUUUUAAAAGUGCUAAUGUUUGUAAGUGCCAAAUAAAUCAUGUAUUCCUACCUCAA